ACUCCUUUGCCGAAACGUCGCUUUUUCUGGCGGGCCUUGAUCUACAUAUAUCUGGGUCCGUUUCCCCCUCCCCGGAUAGACCGCGUGGGUUUCCUUUUUGCUUUCCCUCAUACUGACUUGCGGAAGUACUUGCCGUCUGCAGGAAGCGCGACUCCAACGAUAUCGGUCUGGAUUUCAAGAAGGUUAGUCUUAUAAUCAUAUAACGAGAGUAUGGCGGCCAAUUCGGAGAGCGGCGUCCAAUACUCGCCUGUCCGCGAGGCGGGUCGCAUUUUCAACCAUCUCUGCGACCAAGCCGAAUGUCUCAGCUUGCCUGCGGAAGUAGCGGAGCGCAGGGAUGCUGUGUCAUUCACGUCCACCCAUGACCAGAUAUAUUACCCGAUCCCGUUCAAAGAGACUGAGACCUUGGCUGCGUUGAAAGGUGUGGAGGGAGCAGUGGCAGGCGCAAUUGCUGAUUUGCGGUAUGGACUAUCAAAUCAAGCGCGGAAUGUCAAGGUGAGCCUCGAGCGGGCCACCGCUUUUGGUUGCCAGGCGUACAUGGCCAAGGUGGAUGGAUUGUCCAAGUUGGAUCCGGAAGUGAAGAAGAAGCUGAAAGACACGGACUUGCUCGCAGCCCAGUCGAACGGCUACCGUCGGAUGUCGGCGAAUCUGUACAAGACCAAGAACAAGGACGAAUACUUCCACAUUCAUGGCUCACUAGAGGCUACCACGACGCUGAACAUGAUUGGAUUGGAGGGUCAACGGCCGGAUCUGACCGAUUAUGAGGAGAUCAUCAAGGUCAUCGAGAGCCAUGUGCAGAAAUACUCCGCGGCGGAGUUAGAGGAGAUGAACAAGGAGAGAAGACAGGCCGGUGUGACGGCAAUCAAAUACGAGGACUUUAUCCAAACUCCCCAUGGCAAACUCAACGUCCAGGAACCGGCUUGGAAGGUGACCCGUUUGAGCGGCGACCUGCCUCCCACACCAUUCCCUGCUAGUCGCAGCGGCAGCAAGAGGAUCCUCGAAGGGGUUAAGGUUCUGGAGCUGUGCCGUAUCAUUGCUGGGCCUACGGUGGCACGUAUCUUGUCGGAGUAUGGUGCCGACGUUUUGAAGAUCACCAGCCCUAAGCUGUCUGAUGUUCCCUUCUUCCAGGUGGACGGCAACAUGGGCAAGCAUGCUGCUGACUUGGAUCUCAAGUCUGAGGACGGUCGGCGUCAAUUCGAAGAGCUUUUGGCUGACGCCGAUGUUCUCGUGGACGGAUACCGCCCAGGGGCUCUCGAGAAGCUAGGGUACGGACCGGAUGCACUUGCCGCACUGGCUGAGAAGCGCGGCAAGGGUAUUGUGGUUGUGAAUGAGAACUGCUUUGGAUACGAGGGUGAAUGGGCUGGCCGCCCAGGCUGGCAACAGAUUGCCGACUGCGUGAGUGGUAUUGCAUGGGCACAGGGUGAAUUCAUGGGUCACUCGGCCCCAAUGGUUCCCCCGUUCCCCAUCUCCGACUACGGCACCGGAUGUAUGGGAGCAAUUGCAGCAUUGACGGGUCUCUACCACCGCGCGAAGCAGGGCGGCUCCUACCACGGCAAAGCUUCGUUGAUGCAUUAUGAUCUGCUGCUCUUUGCCGUUGGCAAGUACUCGGACGCCAUCCAAGAGCAAAUGCGCGCGGCGCAGCCCCCCGAGUUCUUCAAGCUGCGGCACUGCGACAGCGUGGAUCGAAUCUCUUCGACCGUGCUGAAGAUCAUGCAGGCCCGAUUCCCCCACCUCUACGCGGCUCCUGAACAAGCGGGAGAGGAAGCCCUCACUGAGAUCUGGUACUCCAAGGCCUAUGGAGGGGACAUUGAGAUUGUGCGGCCCAUCACGGAAAUCGAUGGUGUGGAGAACAGUUUCAUCCGAGCCAGCCGGCCUAAUGGCACGGACCGGGCGAGUUGGGAGGAUUUCGAGCAGCAAGAGGAGGAUUUUCGGAAGGUUUAGGUUUGACGCUUGGUAGAAGUCUUUGUACAUAUUCGGAGAAGUAGCAGCAUGCACAUCCUGAU